UGGAAACCCAGUGAGAGGGACGUGAAUCAUCUGGGGUUAACGAGAAAGCAUAAUUUAUGUCGAACGAAACCAUCGUAUUUUGUUGUUUAGCAAGCUAGCUGGUAAACUGUAACAACUCUGUGUCACAUACACUCACCCUCUGUCGUAGCUGGGACACGAGUUGCAGAAAUGACAGAGCUACGGCACCGCGGAACGACUGAAAACGACCUAUAUCAACAAUCCGAAGACAAGGAGGGAUCUGAGAAUGAGGGGAAAGCAGAGGGGGUGUCUGAAAGUGAGACCAAGCCUGAUACAGGGCUCCCGGAGGUGCCUGUCCCUGCUGAUGACACCCCUGAGGUCCUCAACAAAGCCCUAUCUGGACUGUCCUCACGAUGGAAGAACUGGUGGGUGCGAGGGAUCCUGACUCUGGCCAUGAUCUCCUUCUUCUUCAUCAUCAUCUACCUGGGCCCCAUGGUGCUCAUGCUGAUUGUGCUGUGUGUGCAGAUCAAAUGCUUCCAGGAGAUCAUCCACAUCGGUUACAGUGUGUACCACUCCUACCACCUGCCCUGGUUCAGAACGUUGAGUUGGUACUUCCUGCUCUGUGUAAACUACUUCUUCUAUGGGGAGACGGUGACAGACUACUUCUUCAAUCUGGUGCAGAGGGAGGAGCCGCUGCGCAUCCUCAGCAAAUACCACCGCCUCAUCUCCUUCGCUCUGUACCUCACAGGUUUCUGCAUGUUCGUGCUGAGCCUGGUGAAGAAACACUAUCGCCUGCAGUUCUAUAUGUUUGGCUGGACUCAUGUAACUCUGCUGAUCGUAGUGACCCAGUCCCACCUCAUCAUCCACAACCUGUUUGAGGGAAUGAUCUGGUUCAUCGUGCCCAUCUCCUGUGUGAUCUGCAAUGACAUCAUGGCCUACAUGUUUGGCUUCUUCUUUGGACGUACUCCACUCAUUAAGCUGUCUCCUAAGAAGACCUGGGAAGGCUUCAUCGGCGGAUUCUUUUCUACUGUUGUGUUUGGGAUCCUGUUGUCUUAUGUGAUGGCAGGCUACAGCUUCUUUGUGUGUCCAGUGGAGUUCAACAGCGACCAUAACAGUUUUGAGGUGGACUGUGUGCCCUCUGAUCUGUUCCAGCUACAGGACUAUGCCCUGCCGGCCACCCUCGAGUCCCUCACUGGAUGGCCCACAGUGCGCCUCUACCCAUUCCAGAUUCACAGCAUCUCCCUGUCUGCCUUUGCCUCCCUCAUGGGACCCUUCGGAGGCUUCUUUGCCAGCGGCUUCAAGAGGGCCUUUAAGAUCAAGGACUUUGCCAACACCAUCCCCGGUCACGGUGGCAUCAUGGACCGCUUCGACUGCCAGUACCUCAUGGCCACGUUCGUCAAUGUCUACAUCGCCAGCUUCAUCAGGGGCCCUAACCCUGCCAAGGUGGUCCAGCAGCUUUUAGCCCUGCGCUUGGACCAGCAGCUCAACAUCUUCAACUCCUUAAAGAGCCACCUAAUAGAGAAGGGUCUGCUGGAGGAUGUAGCCUAGGGCCCCCACAGCCACAGAGAGGAGGGCAGCACCUGGCACCAGCAGCCCUGGAGGUGUGUGGUGCUCGUAUGAGCAAGAACACAUCUGAGAAAGUAACUCAAUUCUUUGGGUUAUUCCAUUUUCUGUGUGACUGAGAGGGAGGGAGUGUAUAUAGUAUGAAAGAAAGUGUGUCCUAAACUGUUUUCCUUUGUCAGUGUUUCAUUUGUGAGUACAUUUACCUAUUCAUGUCAGCCAUAGUAUCUACAACACAGUGAUGCCACUUGAUGUGUGUGAAUAUUUUAUGGUACAUAUAUUUUAUUUGUGUUUUAAUUCACUGCUCAACAUAGUCACACUGUAUUGUCCUCAUCAUCUGCAACCGUGCCUCUGUUUUAUUUGCUUCAUUCAUCGUAAUAAUUGUUUGUAUUUAUAAUUUUUUAUUUUACCUUUUUUUAUUUAAGUAGGCAAGUCAGUUAAGAACAAAUUCUUAUUUUCAAUGACGGCCUAGGAACAGUGGGUUAACUGCCUUGUUCCGGAGCAGAACGACAGAUUUUUACCUUGUCAGCUCGGGGAUUCAAUCUUGCAACCUUUUGGUUACUAGUCCAAUGCUCUAACCACUAGGCUACCCUGUCGCCCCACCUAUUACAUAACAUGUGUGGUUGAGUUUUUACAUUGAAAUCUUCCAUUAUAUUCCUGUUUUGUAUAGUAAAUGUGAAUUUUACCCGGUAGAGGUUCACUCUGCUAUUGGCACGUCAUGCUGCAUACCAGUGUGUUUCUGUCUCUGUUACCAUGGGUUGCGUCCCAAAUGGUACCCUAUUUCCUACAUAGUGCACUACUUCUGACCAGAGUCCUAUGUGCCCAGGCAUCAUCAACAAGAUUCAGCCGCGGCUGGUCAGGGGGCCGGAAGAUAAUUACAAAUCAUUUGUAGACUGCAAAUUGACCGCAAGAAGUCCAAACAGAUAUAUUAUUUGACUCAAACAUAAUAAUUUAAAACCUUGCUUACAUUUGUAUAAGAUCACAUAUAUUCCCAAAAUUAAAAUCACUGAUUUGCUGGUGUU